UUCAGUGCAGACGCUCUCCGCUAUUCACACCGAUUUGACACACCGAGAUUUUUCGACGGCGCCUCGGCAGCUGCAAGAUGGAGCUAAAGACGUUUAUGUCUGCCAUCGUUUUCGUGGCGCUAACGUUUCCCGAGAACGUCGCUUGUUCGAAAGGACGGGUCGGACCGAAAGUGACAGAGAAGGUGUUCUUCGAUAUCACGGUUGCAGGCCACGAAGUGGGCAGGAUUGUGAUUGGUCUGUUUGGUGAGGUGGUUCCUCUGACCGUGAAGAACAUUGUGGCCCUGGCAACAGGACAGAAAGGCUAUGGGUACAAAGGCAGCAAGUUCCACCGGGUGAUUAAAGACUUCAUGAUCCAGGGAGGAGACUUCACAGCAGGGGACGGGACCGGAGGCCGUAGCAUCUAUGGGAACACGUUUGCAGACGAGAACUUCCGUCUGAAGCACCUGGGUGCGGGCUGGGUGUCCAUGGCCAACGCGGGGCCGGACUCAAACGGAUCCCAGUUCUUCAUCACCGCUGCCAGGGCUCCGUGGCUGGACGGCAAGCAUGUGGUCUUCGGCAAGGUGCUGGAAGGCAUGUCUGUAGUUCACACCAUCGAGCUUCAGGACACCAAUGACAGGAACCUGCCCUACACAGAAUGUGUGAUCGUCAACAGCGGGCGGAUCGAGGUGAAGGAGCCGUUCAUUGUGGAGGUGGAGGGGUGGUAACACCAGGAACCCACACACCUAAAGCCUCAAGCACGAUACAGACACACGUACACAGGAGGGGGGACCCUGUUUCCAUGUGUAGGGGAACUACACGGUCCAUCCCCCAGAGAAUUACAACUCAGCACAAAGUAUACAGGGUUCUGAUUUGAAGUAGCUUGUGUACGUGUGUUUGUGCUUGUUGGCUUUCAUUGUGAGGAUUUCGACUGUAGACUGGACUUACAAUCUCAUGCUGUAGACUUGUCACAAAGCUAAACUAUUAUGCAGAUUUUGUUUAUGUUAAUUUAUUACCAUAGUAUAUUCACUGCUCUCCAACGGGUGAAUACUAACUAUCUACAACCAUGCACUUUUGGUACGACUGACAUGAGACAUUUUAACUUCCUACAUGAAUUGCCAAAAUGAUCGGACUACAGCUUGCCAAACUAUCACUAUGCCAUUUGCACUACUGUUCAGACAGCACUUUUAUUUACCAAUUGAAACUCAUUUUACACUGUUGCUGGGAGUUAACACAUAUGCAAUACUGUUUUACAUAUCAAGCCGAAUGGUUUGUGACCAGGACCAAUUUAUAGGUUGUCCAGUGUUUCUGAAAUGGCAAAAUGUAAUUUAGCUAAUUUCUUUGAUUAAAUGUCUUAUAA